UUGAUUCCGAAGUGUGGCACAGGGAAGUUUGAAAUAGAAAAAUCGCGUAGUAUUUAGUGUUUUCUAAAUUUCUCGUGAUAUCCGAUAAAUAUUGAAGAAGUGUGUGAACUAAGCACCCAAACAUCUGUAGAAAAUGGACAAUUUGAUUCACGACGAGGAGCAAGCAGCCAUGCCUUCGGAAAUGGUGUCUCCGAAGUCGCUGCAGCGCGAGCUGGCCGACUCCAUCAUCCGCAUGGUGCCGCUCGACGAGAUCCGGAUACUGCUGGCGUGCGGGGCGAAGGUGAACGAGCCAGUAACCCAAGGCCUGCGCCCGCUGCACUACGCCGUCUGGCAGCGGCACCUGGAGGCCACGCGGCUGCUGCUCGUGCGCGGGUGCGACGUGAACGCGCGCGACGACUGCGGGUACAGCGCGCUGCACCUGUCCGCCGAGCACGGUUACACGGAGCUGGUGAAGCUGCUGCUGCAGAGCGGCGCGGCAGUGGACUACCGGCCCGACACCGGCGAGCAGUUCCCGCGCACCACGCUGUGCGACGAGCCGCUGCGACUGGCCAUCAGGAACAAGCAUUAUGAAGAAGCCCGCCUCCUACUAGAGCACGGGGCGGACCCCAACAAGCGCUACUUCUUCGGCUCGGAGAUCAACCUGGUCUCCGACCCUGAGUACCUGGAGCUGCUGCUGACCUUCGGCGCCAACCCCGACUCCAGGGACCGCGCCGGCAUGACGCCGCUCAUGAAGGCUGCCAGACAACGGAAGGGCAUGGACGCGGUGGUGACGCUGAUCAGCUACGGCGCGGACGUGAACGCGAUGGCGGACGCCAGGAACGACUUCCGCACUGUGCUGCACUACGCUGUGUUGUCUGGAAACGAGGACGUAGUCAACUUGCUCAUCAAGCAAGGAGCCCGUCUCAACUACGACUGUCCAGAUCUGUCCAAGCCGAGUCCCCUAGACCUGGCUAUCUUGAAGGGAGACGUGCCGAUAGUCCAGCUGUUGCUGAGAGCCGGAGCGCAGGUCAACGCGUCGAGCUCUGUGAUUGGUUCCCCGCUGCACGUGGCCUGCUCGGAUAACAUUACUAAUAGGAAGGAAAUUGUUCAGAUCCUACUAGAGAGCGGAGCCGACCCAAACCUUAAGGUGUACAACGUGGAGGACGCGGCGCAGCUGAGGCCCGCGCUCGCCGAGUACCUCGCCAGCAACCCGGAGCCGCAGCCCGACAUUGUGAGGCUGCUGUUGAGGAAUGGAGCCAGGGUAAUAAUGAAAACUCAGUUCCGUGACCCUGACGGCAUCCUCAACCACCUGCAGAACGUCACGCUGGACGAAAACGAGCACAUCUUCUACUUGCUUCUAGAAGCUGCUGAAGCGUUCGACCUUUGCAUGAUAAAAAGAAACCACACUCUUAAUGCCACGCAGAAACAGGCAUUAAUCGACAGAGCUAAAACCCCUCUUUCCUUGCUCGCUCAAGUUAGAAUCCACAUGCGACGCUUUUUUGGCAACCAUUUAGUUGAAAUGGUGCCUAAAUUCGAUAUUCCGACUACCCUGCACCACUAUCUGCUAUUUGACUACAGUUAAGGGGAUUUGUGGUUUUGAAGCUGGUAUUAUUAAAUUUGUAAUGGCUUUAUGGGAAAUUUCCUUUGCCUGUUGCACUGUUGUUUUAAAAUGGUGCAGGGUUGCCAGUAUUGAUAAGUCUGAUUUUCUUGGGUAAAAGUAUGACUUUUUAAGUACCUACUAUAAUUUUAAGUUUUUUUUUUUACUUUGACGGUCUAUAAAGUGUACUAUAAUACUAUU